AUGAUGGUGCAGCGCAACAAGCGGCAUCUGAAGCGUCACGACAACAUCAACACACUGAAGGCCGAACCUGCGACCAUGAUGAUCAAUGACCAGUUGAUCCUUGAGGAGGAAUAUGAUGAGACCUACGAGCCGACGGAGGAAGAAAUCCGUGAGUAUGCACUGGAGGUUUUGGGACUCCAGCUGCCCAAAGAUCAAGACUUGCUGUGGGUCGCCCGAGAAGGGAUCAACGCUCCACUUCCUGAUGACUGGAAACCAUGUCAAGAUGGCAAUGGCGAUAUCUACUACUUCAACUUUUCCACUGGAGACAGUGUGUGGGAUCAUCCGUGUGAUGAGUACUACCGCAAGAUGGUACAGGAAGAAAGGGACAAGAAAAAACUGGGAGGAGGUUCAUCUGGUAAAAAGCCAGGAAAGAAGAAAAGGGACAAGAAGGAGAAGGGGGGAACCUCUCCAGCAUUGAAGGCACAAACACAGGGACUUGGUCUACUGAAGGGUGAGCCCACCAGCCCCCUGGGGACCCUGGGACCAUUGACCGGCUCUUUGGGCAGCACUGGUCGGUCAGGAGGGCUCGGCGGUCUGGCCCCCCUGAAAACUGAGCCUUUGUCACCGCUGGGUUCACUGCGAGGAGGCCCCGGCAGCCUGGGCAUGGACAUGUCCCGAGGCUUGGGCGGAAGCCUGAACAGGUCAGGGGGUAUCGGGGAGGGGAUCAACCUCUUAACAAGUCUCAACCGGGACGAUGACAGUGAGAGCUCAGCCGGUCUUGGCAAGGGUAAACAGUUCAACCUGGAUGACCUUGACAUUGGGAAUCUCGGUUACGAGUCUUCAGAAGGUAGUGAGAAGCUGGAGGACAGGCGGAUGCUGGGAGGUUCGUCUGAGGAGUCUGAUGAUGAUGAUGAUGGGAAAGAUGUGGAUUUUGGCAUCCCUAAUCCACUUGACAACAUGAACAGGUCCAUGAAGUCAGGAUCCUCCAUGUCUCCUGAUGCAGUAUUAAGACCAUCUUUUGAACUAGAGAAGCACCAGGAAAGUCCCAAAUCUUCAGUACCAACUGAUAGGAUACGGAAAGUACCUGCUUUACAAAUAAAAGAUGAUGAGGAUGAUGAAGUUGAGAAGGCCAGAAUGGCUCUACUGGAACAAAAGGAAGAAACACUAGAAAAGCUACGAGAGAAAGUAAAAGAAGAGGAAGAGAAGGAGAGGGUUAGACUCAACCAGGAGAAAGAAAUGAACCUCAGAUCUUUAAGGCUAAAGAUAAAAGAGGAAACCACCAAUGAGGAGGCUGCUCUGAAGGAAGGUCAGCAGGAUGCGCUGCAGAAGCUCCGCAGCCAACUGGAACGCGAGAAGGAAGAGGAAGAAAACAAGAUUAGGAAAGAGUCAAAGACUGCACUGGAUAAGUUGCGCAGUGAAAUGGCCAAAUUGGAGGCCGAGGAGGAAACUAAGAAGCAGGAGGCUGUGAAGAAGGCUGAGGAAGAAGAGGAGAAAGCUGCUGAGCAGGAGAGGGCCAGGUUAAAGCAGAAACAUGACAAAGAACUACAGCAGUACAAAACACAGCUGGAAGAAGAGCUGGACCAGAUGUUAGAUGAAAUCAAGGCUGAACAUGAGGAAACAGCCUCCCAGAGGAGGAGAGAGGUGGAGGAGGAGCAUGACCAGGCCAUGGAGGAGCUGGUUCGACAGGAGAGGGAGCUGCAGCAGGAGAGAACCCAGAGGGAGGAGCAGGUGCAGAAGGCAGCAGGGACCAGGCAGCAGGCUGUGGAGGACUAUGAACAUGAGUUGAGUGAUGUUCUCGAAGAGAGGAGAGCAGAACUUGAACAGAAGCAUCAGAAGGAAAUGGACAGACUGAAGGAGGCACAUCAAAAGAGGAUGGCUAAUCUACAACAGGAACAUAAAGAGAAAGAGCAAAAAGAAAAGUCUUCCCUUGAGAAAAAGCUGGAGGCAGAUCUUCAGAAACUUGCCAAAGAAAAUGAGAAGAGGUUGUCAGAACUUGAGGGUGACAAGAAGACCAAGAACAAACAGAUGGAGAACUGGCAGGGAGAAAUCAAGCGGAUGGAAGAAAAGCUGGACAAGAGGAAGAAGGAACUUCAGCAGGCCAACAAAGAUCUGGAUAAGGAGGAGGAAGAGCUGCAGACAAAGAGACGAGACCUGAAUCAGAAAAGGAAGUCUCUGGGACAGGAUUUUAGCAAUAACGAGUCGACUGAGCUGGCCUCACAGGAGAGAGAAGACAUACAGAGAUUACUCAGAAAGGAGCAGAAGGAACUGGAGAAGGCUGAGAAGGCCAGGAGAGAGCUGGAGAGGGAGAUCCAGAGACUGAAGCAGAGCAGGGACCACCAUGAAGGACAGCUCAAGGACUUGAAGAAGAAGAUAAAAGAGAGUGGUUCCGAAUACCAGAGAUUACAAGCGAGUAUCGGUGAGCUGAAGGAUGGAGACCUGUCGGGGGAGCCCAGAACAAACGGUGUCCAUCCUGAGCCAACGGAGGAGCCUGCUGACGACCCACCCGCAACCCAACGUGACAGGGCGUCUCUGAGGAGUCUACUGGAUGGCUGGUCCUCUGAUGACCAAAGGGGAGACAAGGAGGAUGACAGAGCAUACAGGGGGACAAGAAGAAGGAGACAGGAGAGCGAACGGAUUAGAGCUGACAGCGACAUCGAUGACGAGUCCUUCACUGCGUACAGAAACCCCAGACAGGACUGGAUCAGAGACUUGCAUGACUCCGCCAUGCUGGAUAACUUCAGUGACAACAACAGCAUGCACCAGUGGGACAGGAACCUGCGAGCGCUGAACAGGGAAGCGGACUCCAUCCAGGCAGCAAAGGAGUUCCUGCUGAAACAGAAGUCAUCGCUGCAGAAGCAGCAGGCAGGGCUGAAGGUGGCCAAGCAAGAGUGGCGCAGAGACAUGGUCAACCAGAUAGGAGCGGCAUCGCCAGCCACGUCCAUGCUACUACAGGACGUGAAGGAAAACCUGGAGCAUGAAGCCAAGGAUCUGGACCAGGCCUUCAUGAGCAUGGGAGCCUGCCAGCGCCUGCUGCUAGAGAAGGAGCUGAGUAUAAUUCUGGUUGUAUCUUUGAAGAACCUUACUAUAUGGGGGAUAGAUUACAUACAGAUACAUGUAUGUGGAUCAGUAACAUUGUUGUUUUGUUCUCAGUUGGCAGACAGUGACUUCACAGUUGGAGGUCUGGGACUUGUGCAGAGUGACUCAGAAGAUAGUUCCACCAGCAGUCAUGAACUUCAAAAUGGCUUUGGCAUAAAGCAAACUCCUCUGGAUCACCUCAGACAGAAUCAGGAUGUCUUCAACUCUACAGGAACUCCGCAGGUGACGAACCCUGCCGUGAUCGGGAACGUCCAGUCCUUGGCCGAGUCUGUGCAGAGACUGAACAGAGAGCUUGCCAGCGUGCUCAAGGUCAUCAUGUCAAAAACCCCUCAAGGUGCCAAAGAAAGCCACCCUCCUGCAGAAAGCCACGUGUCCAGAGACUUACCAGACAUGGUGACCUCUGUGGAAGGACGUGGUGCUAGUCAGUACGGUGGCAUGGACUACAGACCGCAGAGACUGACCCCCUACCUCCCGCGUGUUACCGACGGUGUUGAACACGACCUGGAGACAAAGUGGAAGACUUACUUUGGAGACUCCUUUCAUCCUGCCUCCACGGCACACGGUAGAUGGGGGUAUGUGCCUGCUGUGGACCAGCUAAGAAGCUUCCACAAGAGUUCCUCAGGCAGGCUGGGGGACACUUCCAAUAGGAGCACGGAGGAUGUUCUCAAGUCUCACAGACUCUGGCUGGACAAUUUCAGGAAGGAGACAGACUUGAAAUCAAAACCGUUUCUGCCAUUUACGGGCUCCAAGGCUUAAACUGGAGCUGUUGGAAACUGGUUUUAUGACGUCCGGUGUGAACAACUUCGGUAUUGUCAUCUGCUACAUAUUCAGAAAAUAACAGAUAUAAGCCAGAACUUUUCAUACAGUUUGCAGUGAAAUUGGAUCAUUUGUUAUAUAAAUGUCACUUAGCAGCUUAUCUGAAAUUAUUUUCAUGCUUGGAAAUACACAUGGCAGUAGACCACAUAUCCUUUUAUCCAAGAUUUGGUGUUAUUUAUGAAUGGUACAUUUAAUGUAAUUACUAUGUUUAAUGUAAAUAUUUGUGUACUAAAUGUACAUGUGGUCAAUAAUAUGGUAUGUGUAUUCAUGUGUUCAGUGGUUGCUGAAGGUAAGUUCAAUAUUUCAGACUCUCAGUGGUUGGAUAAAGUGAGACUGUGCCUGAUAUGUAGGGGAGACGAUGCCUUCACCAGAACAGUGUUUCAUAUCACCCUCCAUUGAACAUGGUAGAAGAUUAAAGCAAUACGUGUACAAGUACAUUUUGUACGCUCUUUUGUGUCCGAGCAGAUUUGCCUGUAGUCAAAAACAUUUUCAGUCUUCAGAUCUGAUAUACUAGUAUAUGUAGAGAAAGCAAUAAUCAGUCGUAUUUUAGAUAUCAACAACAGAACUUUGUGGCAGACAUGAAGCAUUUUGAUAUACUGUAGAAAAUGAUGGAAGAAAGACUCCUUGAGAAACAGUGAAGUAGUUUGACUCAUUUCGCUGAUUAGCAUUUUUGGUUGUGUCUUCAAGUUUGGUGGUGAUAUUUUCUCGUGAGCAGAUUAGAAAACAGUAUUUUGUUUCACGUCAGUUUACUUAUGCUAUGGUUGUAAAAUGUUACCUUUCAUGUCAACAUAGUACUUACCUAAGAGGUUAUGUU